AUGUCGCAUACAAUACCAUUGUCGUCGGGAAAUGGGUAUGGUUUCAAUUCUCGUGCACCACUGAAGAUUGCAAUUAUAGGCGGAGGUUUGGUCGGUUCAUUAGCCGCCCUCAGCUUUGCUCGUCGAGGACAUGAAGUACAUUUGUAUGAAUAUCGUGAAGAUAUACGCAAUGCGGAGUUGGUGCAAGGUCGUAGCAUCAAUUUGGCUUUGUCGCAACGUGGCCGCAAAGCGCUUGCCGAAGUGGAUUUGGAGCAGGAAGUACUCGCAACAGCCAUUCCCAUGCGUGGUCGUAUGUUACACGAUAUUAAAGGCAAUCGCACCGUUGUACUGUACGAUCCCUGCACGCAUCAAUGCCUCUACUCGGUGGGCAGAAAAUAUUUAAAUGAAGUGCUGUUGAAUGCGGGUGAAAAAUAUGCCAACAUUCAUCGACAUUUCGAACAUAAAUUGAAUUAUGUAAAUCUGAGUGAGGGUCGUAUGGAAUUCAAGCGCAUGCAAACUAAGGAAGUUGUCGAAGAUUUUGCAGAUUUGGUUGUAGGUUGUGAUGGCGCUUUCAGCUCAGUGCGUCAGCAAUUGGUCAAGAAGCCAGGCUUCAAUUAUUCACAGGAGUACAUUGAACAUGGUUAUUUGGAACUUUGUAUACCAGCAAAAAAUGGCGAGUUUCAAAUGCCUGAGAAUUAUUUACACAUUUGGCCACGUGAUGAUUUCAUGAUGAUAGCGCUGCCCAAUCAAGAUAAGUCGUUUACUGUCACACUUUCAAUGCCGUUCAAAGUUUUUGCAACCAUACAAAUUACCGCCGAUUUAUUAAAAUUUUUCCACAAAUACUACGCUGAUGCAGUGCCACUGAUCGGCGAGGAAAGGCUGAUUAAAGAUUUCUUCAAAACACGACCACAACAUUUAGUUUCGAUUAAGUGCUAUCCAUACCACUACGGCUCGAAGGCGCUAGUUCUAGGUGAUGCUGCACACGCUAUGGUACCCUACUAUGGGCAAGGCUUAAAUGCAGGCAUGGAAGAUUGUACGCAGCUAAUGUCGCUAUUUAAUCAAACAAGUUUAAGUACCGCUGAAGUAUUGCAGCAAUUUACUGAGUUGCGUUGGCGUGAUGCGCAUGCCAUUUGCGACUUGGCGAUGUAUAAUUAUGUUGAGAUGCGUGAUCUCACCAAACGGGCAAGUUUUCGCUGUCGUAAAUGGCUUGACACGUUACUAUUCCGUUGGUUUCCAAGCGCUUGGGUGCCAUUAUAUAAUAGUGUUUCCUUCUCCAGCAUGCCGUACAGCAAGUGCAUAGCUAAUCGCAAGUGGCAAGAUAAGCUGCUAAAUAAUGUACUAAUUUCUACUGUGCUGGCGGUCAUUGCUAUCAUCAUUGCCAUAUAUUUGGGAGUUUUUUAAGAUGUUACUUUUAAGUAAUGAAGUUACUAGUAUUUAAAGAGAAAGAACAAGCUGUUUAACGUCCGUAGGUAUUAAUUGUUGAAGAUUUGUAAUUUUACGUAGAAUUUGAAAUUGAAUGCAUGCAUAAAUUGUAGUCUUGGGGGGUCGUAGAUAAUUAUUAUACAUAUAUUAAUUCAUACAUAUGUACCAUAUAUAGGAAUUGAAUGAAUAAAAAAUUGCAUAUCGAUGCUUUAGUGCGUAAAGAUGCCAAUUGA